CAUGUAAAGUGUUUUUCAUCCCUUUGAAAAGACGAAUAUGUCCCCAUGUAUAUCCAGAAUGUUCUAGAGACGCCAUGAUCUUUCUCUGUUUCUAAGAAUCCUUAGAAAAACACAGGAAUUCUUCACAGUGCGAGUCAUCACUGAAUGUUCGGUGAAGAAACUAAACUCUGAUAGGAGGGAACAGAAGCAAGAGAUUCUCAACAUGUUCGGAGUGGUUUUCCCGAACCGGAGCUUCCCCAUGGAUAUCUCAACCUUCGCCCAAAUCGACACCUUCCACUGGGUCCUCGACAUGAACACUUUCGUAGGCGAGGCGUACGACCAGGUUCGCGACCUCUGCAUCUUCCUCCUUAACGGCUUCACCCUCCCGCCGGAGAAAGCGCUCGCCGUCUACAUCCAGUCGCCGGGAUCGCCCUUCGUCUUCUGCGGCGCCGUCACGGUGGCGCGCCCCUCCGCCGUCCUCACACUCUCGUGGCCGGAGCCCGGCGCUGCUGGGCCGCUGCAGCUGACGGCGGACGCGCAGCCGCUUUCGGCGAAGAUCGGCGUGUCGGUGGAAGAUCUGGCGUCGUUGCCGUCGCUUGAUGUGGCGGCGGAGAAGCGAAUCGAAGGGUUGGCGAUGAAGGUCGGAGAGAAUCUGUUCAAUUUCAUGCAAUCGUUUUGCGGUGUGGAUGGGUCCAAGUUGGUUGUUCCCAUGGAUAUCUUGGACCGUUGGUUCAAGAAGUUUCAAGAACGGGCCAAGCGUGACCCUGAAUACCUGAAGGGUUUCGCUUUGUAAGUCUAGAAUGCCUUUUCUUUUGUUCAUUAAUUGUUUAAAAUUGUAAUGACAGGGAAUAUAGAUGGAAUACUAUCUUGUACUGUGAUUCUAGCUUACAUGUUUUUUUUUUUUUUUGCUGAGAACUUGUGGUCACUUCAUAAUUUAGCAGAGUGGUUCAAAUUUGAAAUCUGUCUUUGUUAGAAGUACUGAAACAUAGAAUGCAGGUAGUGUUAGGUGAAACCUUAUUGUGAUUUUUUCUUAAUCCAUGUUUGAUAGCAGUGCAGAUACACAGGUGCAAUGUUAAAUUAGAAUGCUCAGAACAUUGUUAUA